UGCGCGCGCGCGCUCGUGGUGUUUAAUGAGAGCGGGACACCAUCACAGGAGUGUUGCUUAACUUUCUGUAACUUUAUUCACGGACAGCGGAAAACUGAUGCUGUGUGUGUGUGAGUGUGUGUGUGGAGGUGUUUGAGGGUGUGUGAUUGAGUCGGUGGCGUUUCUUCACUCGGGUGGCAGAGUCGCUGUUUUUCGUUAAUCAGAGUGACCCGCAGAGUUUAAUUUAGUUUAUUUUCAUUCCUCUAUCAGUAGUGAUGGCCGAGGCGGCGCAGCAUCUCCAGCCGCUAGACUCAGACCCGGACUUCGAGCCUUUUUGCCGCCCGCGGUCAUGCACCUGGCCGCUGCCUAGACCCGAGUCCUCUCCGGCGGCUUCGGCAGCGGAAGCAGAGCCGCGGGACCUGGACUUCAUGGGCGGUUUGAGCUUGGCUUUGCUGGAGGAGACGGAGACGGAGACGGAGGACAGAAAAACGCACGGAUUUCGGAGCGAUGAGGCGCAGCAGCAGCAUCCAGCUCUACCGACCGCCCAGGUGCAACAGGUGCCUCAGCAUCACCAGGUGCAGGUGCAGCCUCUUUCCUCCUCUUCAUCCUCUACGUCCUCCUCUACCUCAUCCACAUCCUCGUCGUCGUCGUCCGCGCAGAGGAAGAGCAGCUCGUGCCGGAGGAACGCUUGGGGCAACAUGUCGUACGCAGACCUGAUCACGCAGGCGAUCGAGAGCUCGCCGGAGAGACGACUGACCCUGGCGCAGAUCUACGAGUGGAUGGUGAAGAGCGUCCCUUACUUCAAGGACAAAGGGGACAGCAACAGCUCAGCCGGCUGGAAGAACUCGAUUCGUCACAAUCUGUCUCUGCACAGCCGCUUUGUGCGUGUCCAGAAUGAGGGCACAGGGAAAAGCUCCUGGUGGAUGCUGAACCCUGAAGGAGGGAAGAGCGGCAAAUCCCCGCGCCGCAGAGCCGCAUCCAUGGACAACAACAGCAAGUUCACUAAGAGUCGUGGCCGAGCCGCUAAGAAGAAGGUUGGCCUGGACAGCGGCUCGAACAGUCCCGGUUACUCCAAGUGGCUCGGGAGUCCUAACUCUCACAGUAACGAUGAUUUUGAAGCGUGGGGAAGUUUCCGGACACGUGCCAGCUCGGACGCAAGCACACUGAGCGGCCGGCGCUCUCCUUUCCUUCCCGAGGAGGACGUUAGCGAGGGAGGAGAACUGCACAUUGGAUACCAGGCCACUAAAUUAGCCUCCAAACUGCCCAGUCUGUCCGAGGUGACCAGCUCUUUUGGCUCCAAGAACAUGAUGGAGAACCUGUUAGAUAAUCUGAACCUGCUUUCUCCCAAGAACAGCAGCGAGGCUGCAAGUGCUCAGUUCGCCCCCUACAGUGCAGCACAGGACUUUCACAAGUGGCAGAGUGGCCUGAGCAUCAAUGCCCCGACUGGACACAGUCUGUCCGGCAGCAAGGCCGUGGGUUAUAACCCCUACGUAGGGCAGUUUAAUUGCCCUACAGGGCUUUUAAAGGAACUCCUAAGUAACGACGGGGAGCCCAGAGGAGACAUUUUGCCCCCCAUGGAGGCGGCGGGGCCGCAAGGAGGGAGAGUUUUACCCCCCUAUAGUGCUCAAGGGCACAUGGGGCAAGCAGGAAAAGCUAUGGGCUCUCACACACACGCUCACACACACACCUCUACAGCAGUGGGCAUGAACAGGUGUGCCCUCCUGCCCCAGGGACAUCUCGGUCGUCAUGGCAAUUUGAAGCCAUACCCUCACCUGCCGCACAUGGGAGGAGGAGGAGGAGGAGCUGUCGAUUCUACACCACCCAGUUACUGCAUCGUUAACAGCAAUGGUUUCCACAGGCACGCCCCGGUCCUGCCGCAUCAUCACCACCAUCACCAUCACAACCACCUGGAGCGGUUGCCUAGCGACCUGGACGACAUGGCGAUCGAGCGGCUGGAGUGUGACGUGGAGAGCGUUCUGCACGACACCCUGAUGGAUGGAGAUGCGCUCGACUUCAACUUCGACCCAGCCGCCAGCCAGCAGGGUUUCACACACACUGCUGUCAAGAGCAACACACACAGCUGGGUAUCGGGGUAAACGCUCGCACACACACACACACACACACACUCAUACUGGCAGGUGUUUUCAGGUCUUAUUCAUUAAGAAUUAUUUGCAAAAGUAUAAUAUAUAAAAGUUGGGAGAUUUUAUUCUUGUUUGUAAUUUCGAUUUCUUUUUUUUAAUGAACCAAAAAGCCAUCCUUCUUUUUUUUCCUGCUAUUAUUAUUCUUUUUUCACUAUCAUAAUUAAAUAAAGAAGAGAAAAAAAUCUGCUCUGAAAUAAUAAUAAUAAUAAUAAUAAUAAUAAUAAUAAUAAUAAUAAUAAUAAUAAUAAUAAUAAAAACCUGAAAGACACAUAUCUGUUGAUUUAAAGAAGUUGCGUGCUUUUAAAAAACUUUUUUAAUGAAAUGAAGAGAAACGGAGGAGAUUUUGUGCUGACCUUUUACACAUUUAACUGAGACUUUUGUACAGAGAUUUACUGUAUAUAAUAUAUAACAUGUUCUUUAUACUGUGUGUGUGUGUGUGUGUGUGUGUGUGUAUUUAAGGGUCUUUAACUUUUUUGCUCUGCUUUAAUGACCUGAAGCGCUUAUAAAAACACCUUUUUUUAAUUUUAUGAUUUGAUGUUGUUUUUUCUGAAACCAGCAGCAGGACACAGGAACUUCAGCACAGAGAUUUCCAUAACAGAUCAAAAUGAUAAUAUUGUGUUUCACUGAACACUGGAAGUCUGACUGGGAAAAAAAUUCAGAAGGUAAAAAUGAAAAUAAAAUUCAGCUUUAAGUGAUUUAAUUAAAUCACACAGUGUUAAAUUGUUAGAGUUUAUUUUUAUUACUGCAGACCCUCUUAAGCUCGAGCCGAUCCUUACUCUCUCUCUCUCUCGCUCUCUCACUUUCUCUCUCUCUCUCUCUCUCUCUCUCUCUCUCUCUCACUUUCUCUCUCUCUCUCUCUCUCUCUCACUUUCUUUCCCUCUCACUCUCUCUUACUGCCUCUCUCACUCUCUCUUACUCCCUCUCUCACUCACUCUCUCUCUCUCUCUCUCUCUCUCUCUCUAUAUAUAUAUAUAUAUAUAUAUAUAUAUAUACACAC